CCUCUGUUUCAUGAUGGUAUGAAAGAAUGGAGCUGUUGCAAAAAAAGGAGUCAUGAUUUCACCUUAUUUCUGGAAAUUCCAGGAUGCAAGACAGGCAAACACACAACUGAAAAGCCAGUGAUAGCAAAAAAGGCUACCCCUGCUGCUCCUCCAAAACAAGCAAUCAAAACUCCAUCUCCUUCAACUAAAGAAUCUUGCCCUAGAUGUCGUCAAGGAUUCUUUUGCUCUGACCAUGGAUCACAAGUGAAAGCUAUGAAUACAAAGCCUUCAUAUCAACCUCAAUCUACUACUUCAGAGAAGGUUGAUUUAGAUUUGAAGGAAAGUGGGAAAACUCCAGUGAAGAAAAUUGUUGACAUACACCAGCCUCAGAUCUGCAAAAACAAGGGAUGUGGUCAGACUUUCAAGGAAAUUGAUAACCAUGAGACUGCUUGUAAUUACCAUCCUGGCCCUGCUGUCUUCCAUGACCGAAUGAGAGGGUGGAAAUGCUGUGAUGUUCAUGUGAAGGAGUUUGAUGAGUUCAUGGGCAUUCCACCAUGUGCUAAAGGAUGGCAUGAUGCAGAGGCAGCAUCCUAACAAGUGCAGACAGACAUAUGAAAAUUUUAGGUAUUCAAACUGUCUUUCUGUUAUUAUGUUGUAGAACCAAAUCCAAUUGCUUCUUUCAACAGGUAUUAAUUAAGCUGCACCUUUCUUCUUUACUUUUUCAAGCUUUUAUAUAAUGAUGAAGUUUCUUGCGUUUGUUAUAAGUUUAAGUUCCAUUUGUUGAAUACAGUUCUUAUUUUUCGUUA